UUUCCUUGCUCAUAGGGAUAUUCCGAGAGGAGUCGCUUGCAAUAUCAACGACGAGAGAUAAGCAAUCUCUCCCCUCUAGCACCAUUUAGAGCAGGCAUCCCCAAACUUCAGAUUUUUGGACUACAAUUCCCAUCUUCCCCGACCACUGGUCCUGUUAGCUAGGGAUCAUGGGAGUUGUAGGCCAAAACAUCUGGAGGGCCGCAUUUUGGGGAUGCCUGAUUUAGAGAAAGUCAUAGCAACAUAGCAUGAUGUAGGAAGCGACCCCCCGAGGGUCAUCUAGCCCAACCCCCGGCAAUGCAGGAAUCUGAACCAAAGCAUCCAUGGAAGGUGGCCAUUAAACAAACAAGGCGCAAGGCAGGAUUUCGAUGCAACUUCACGGCGGCUGCAAAGCUUUCACCGCGGAAGAAAAGGCAGCCGCAGGUGCGGAAGUCCCGCGCGCGUGUCGGUACGAUUCUGUGUGCCGCAAACCGCCCAGGGAGGGACCUUCGGGUGAAAGGCGGCGUCUAAACAUUGCACGUUAAGAUGGCAUCUGUCAGUGAUCAGGAAAAGGUCAGCUCUUGGAACACUUUGGUGCUCCCAGGCUUACCCAGUGGGCCGCUGGAUGCCUACCGAAAGAAAGCAUCCUUCAACUGGAAAGAGAUGGCACUCUUCGUAGAGGAAGAAGAUCUCCUACGUUUUAAAAACAGAAUAUUCUCUGCUCUUGAAAAUGACCCUCUCUUUGCUCGUCACACUGGAGAAGAAUUACCUCUUGAGAAAUACCGUGAACUAACCUUCCUUCGCUGUAGGAGACUCUUUGAAUAUGAUUUUCUACGACUAGAAGACAUAAUUGAGAAACCAUUAAGAGUUGUAGCACUGAUUACUUGCCUGGGGAUGUAUGACUGGUCUCUAGGAGCCAAAUAUUUGCUAAAUUCCCAGGUGUUCAAAGGUGCAAUUGAGAGUACAGGGCCUGAAAGACAUGAAGAAUUUAUUAAAGAUAAUGCAAAUAUGAAGAACUUUGGAUGUUUUGCUCUGACUGAAUUAAGCCAUGGCAGCAAUACCAAGAAUAUGCGGACUACUGCUAGAUAUGACCCGACUACGCAAGAAUUCAUUAUUCACUCACCGGAUUUUGAAGCAGCCAAGUUCUGGGUUGGCAACAUGGGGAAGAAUGCCACUCAUGCAGUUGUCUAUGCGCAGCUAUACACUCCGGAUGGCCAAUGCCAUGGAUUGCAUUCCUUUGUCGUACAGAUCCGAGAUCCGAAAACACUUCUUCCCAUGCCAGGGGUGUUGGUUGGUGAUAUAGGUAGAAAACUUGGGCAGAAUGGAUUAGACAAUGGCUUUGCAAUGUUUCACAAUGUCAGGAUACCCAAAAGGAAUUUGCUGAACCGAACUGGAGAUGUCACAGUUGAGGGAGCAUAUACAAGUGCCUUCAAGGAUCGCAAGCAGCGUUUAGGAGCUUCUCUUGGUGCUUUGUCCAAUGGAAGAGUUAUGAUUAUAUCCAUGUCUGUGGUCAAUUUAAAGCUUGCCAUAUCAAUAGCAAUUCGCUUCUCAGCUACCCGGCGCCAAUUUGGACCAACAGAUGAUGAAGAAAUUCCUGUUCUUGAAUACCAAAUGCAGCAAUGGCGCUUGCUGCCAUAUUUAGCAGCCACCUACGCCUUAGACCAUUUCUCCAAAAUGUUGUUCAUAAACUCCGUAGAAUUCCACAUAGGUCUCCUCAUGAAAGACAAAAGUCCACAGCAGGCGGAACUCGGGCGCGAAAUCCAUGCUUUAUCUACUUCGGGGAAACCCCUGGCCUCCUGGCUGACUCAACAAGGAACUCAGGAGUGCAGAGAAGCUUGUGGAAGACAUGGCUACCUGGCCAUGAAUCGGCUGGGUGAUAUCCGUAACGACAACGACCCAAAUUGCACCUAUGAGGGAGACAACAAUGUUCUGCUACAGCAAACUAGCAACUACUUAUUAGGCUGGAUGAAUGCCAAACACCAAGACAAAGGUCCUAUUGCUUCACCAUUGGGAUCGGCAAUUUUUUUGGAAGACUGCGAUCAUAUUCUCUGCCAGAAGUUCACAGUGUCAAAUGUUCAAGAUUGCAUGGAUUCUUCCGUACCUCUGAGGGGAUACAAGUGGCUGGUUUGUUACUUGCUCCAAGAGAGUUUGCAGAAGCUGAGAAGCCAAGAAAAAUGUGGUUGCGAUGAAUUUGAGGCAAGGAACAACACUCAGGUGUACUAUUGUCGUUCUUUAGCUAUAGCUUUUAUUGAGCACACUGUUUUGCAAAGAUACCAUGACUACGUUCACAGUUCCAACACACCAGCCAGCCUCCAGCCGGUACUGAAGAAUAUAUGUUCGCUGUAUGGAUUGUGGUCUUUAAAUAAGCACAUGGCAGUGCUCUACCAAGGUGGCUACGCUUCAGGUGCAAAUGCUGGCAGAUUUGUACAAGAUGCAAUUCUAGAACUGUGUUCAAAGCUGAAGCAAGAGGCUGUGGCUUUGGUCGAUGUAAUUGCUCCUCUGGACUUCAUUCUCAACUCGCCAAUUGGCAGGGCUGAUGGAGAGCUGUAUAAAAACCUGUGGAGCACCGUUCUGCAAGGCAAUAAGGUGUUGGAGAGGCCAUCCUGGUGGUCGGAAUUUUGUACUAAUAAACCUGUUGUAGGUAGGCUGAGAUCAAGAAUGUAAACGGAAUGGUAUAUUGGAGAGGCUCAGCAAGGGCAUGGAUAAUAAAUCGUAAACUCAAAUUAUUAGUUAAAGGAUCAUGUUGAAGAAGGUAAUUUUUGUGAAGGAAAAGGCCUUUGAAAUAGCAUUUCCGCCUAUUUCCCCGACUACUGGCGCAAUGAGGGUCAGUGCAGCCCAGUUUACACCGUUCCCACUUGUGUGUGUCAGUCAGUCAGGUCUUGCAGAAAUGAAGUCACUUUAAAAUGGGCUGCUACUCAGAGCCUGAAGUGGUCAUAGUGGCCAUGAUAGUUGAAGUCUGAAUUCCAGGUAUGGAAAUAGGUAUAACAAAUUGAAGGGAAAUUAUACCUUUGCAAAGUCAGUUCCCUUAGAGGACCAUGAGAGGCACUGGGCAUGCACAAUUUCGCCCAAAGACCUAAAACAUGUUCACUCUCCUGGAAUACAGAGCAGAUAAGGACUUUCUAACUUUGAUUAAUUGUCAUGUACAUCUGUAGUCAAAUGUUUUUAUAGUUCCUUGUUUAAUUCAUGGUCUAAUUGAAGUGAAUGAAAAUGUUGAACCUUAUAUCGCCUUACCAACAUUCUGCGUUUUAUCCGCACUUUUUAAUUUUAACUGUAAGUUGGUGUCAGAAAAUCCUAGUUUAGUAUCUGUGAAAGGUAAACAUAAUAUUAUGUGUUAUAACAAAGUUCUUCUACCUGCUACAUAUUUUUGAGGAAAUGUUUUGUGCUGACAAGAUAGAGCAAAUGUUAACAAUGAUGAAUAAAAUAGUUUUAUUUUA